ACGUGCUUGUGGGCACAGGAAUGAGGCGCUGCACUCCGGUGGUCGCCAUGUGGGGACUGAUGGCACUGAUGGUCCUGGCGGAUGCAUCAAAGUUAAAUGUUCCCAAAAUCCUCCUGCCUUUUUCCAGGGGCAACAAGAUCAACUUUACCCUGGAGGUCACUGAGGGCUGCUAUAAAUGGUCAUCGACACGACCUGAAGUUGCCUCUGUACAACCUAUUUACGUCAAUGACAAGCCAUGCUCUCAGAAAGCUGUAGUCAAAGCCUGUGCAACGCACCCCAUGCGGUUAGCUAGUAUCAUCUUUGCUGAAGAUAUAUUUACUGGGCAGUUGCUUCGAUGUGAUGUGAUUGUUGAUAUUAUUAAUGAUAUUCAGGUAGUGUCUACUACAAGAGAACUUUAUCUGGAAGAUUCGCCAUUGGAACUUAAAAUUCAAGCUUUUGACUCAGAAGGAAACACCUUCAGCACAAUGGCUGGAUUAGCUUUUGAAUGGACAGUGGUUAAAGAUGCUGAGCUGGAUGGCUUCUCUGACUCUCAAAAUAUGUUAAGGGUUCUUAAAUUUUCGGAAUCUGCCUAUGUGCCUCCUGCCUAUAUCACAGAAAUGGAGAGAACAGCCCAACAGGGAGACAUUAUUUUGGUAUCUGGAAUAAAAAUCGGAAGCGCUAAACUGAGAGCUAAAAUGCUGGACCCUGUUUAUAAGGAAGUCACUCCUGCAGAGGUUAGACUACUUAUUUUAGAAAAUAUUCUGCUUAAUCCAGCAUCGGAUAUGUACCUGCUUGUUGGGUCCUCUAUACAUUACAAAGUGCAAAAAAUUAAGCAAGGAAAGCUCACCGAUAUUUUUAUGCCCUCAGAGCAAUAUAUGUUGCAACUGCAGAACCACAUUGUUGACUCAAGAGGAAAUAUGGCAGCUCCAGUGGCUGAGCUAGACCAACGGACCUCUGUUGUUACUGCCUUGCAGAUGGGUAAAACAAAAAUAGUACUUUUCCAUAAAAAUAUUUACAUGCAGGGAGCCUCACGACUACCGAAUGGCACGAUCUUUGUGGUGGAACCAGUGUUCUUAGGAUUUACAGUUCAUCCUGGAGACAGAUGGAGUCUUGAAACUGGAAGACGAUAUGAAAUUACUAUUGAUGUAUUUGACAAAUUAAGUAACAAGGUCUAUUUAUCUGAUAAUGUUAGGAUUGAUGCAAAGCUGCCCAAUGAAUAUUUUAAGGUGCUGGAAUCCUCCUUAAAUGGAUCAUAUCAUCAAGUUGAGAUGCUAAGGAUUGGUCAGACUAUUAUUGAUGCUGAGUUAACAUGCGUGGUAGAUCAGGAUGGUGGUGUUCAUGUCUUACAAAAUACAGUGAGGAACCAACAAGUAGUGGAAAUAUAUUCGCCCAUCAAGCUGUUACCCAAAAUUUUAUCCUUUCCUUGGCAGCCUAACCCAAGUGCCUAUCAGUACAAAAUUGAGGUACAAGGAGGAAGUGGAAAUUUCACUUGGUCUUCAUCAAACCGUUAUGUAGCUACAGUUACUGUAAAAGGGCUAAUGACCACUGGAGAUGAUAUUGGUGUUAGUGUCAUACAAGCUCGUGAUGUCCAAAAUCUCCUGCAUUUUGGGGAAAUGAAGGUCUUUGUUAUUGAGCCCAGUGGUAUGGAAUUCAUUCCUUGCCGAGGUGAAGCACCACUGGGAAGCUUUCUGGAACUGCCAUUACGUGUAUUUGGCCUGAUAAAUGGAGACAAUAAAAAAGAAGUUACAUUAACAGAUUGCUCUCAUCUUGACUUGGCUGUUCAAACAGAAACUCCAGCGAUAUUUAAAAUAUUGAAUGGGAGGCUAAAACCCAGUGGUAAUUACUGUAGCGGGAUUAAACUUCAAGCUGAAUCUCAUGGUGAUACACAAAUAUUUGUAAGCUAUACACAUAGUCAAGUCCAUCUUAAGGCCAGAAUGGUUGUUUCUGCCUAUCAGCCAUUGAAGGCUGUUGACCCAGUGUCUUUGGCUUUGGUUACAUUAGGAUCUUCUAAAGACAUGAUAUUUGAGGAUGGACCUAAACCCUGGGUGCUUGAACCUCUGAAAUUCUUCCGGAAUGCAUCUACUAGCAAUUCACAGUACAUCUUGCUGUCUUUACUGGAGGCCACAUUCACUCACAGCCACACUCAGCAUUCAGUUCGUGUGAUGUGCAGAGAUCUUGCAGAACAAAUCAUAACCUUUACCGUUGGAAACCACCCUACAAGGACCAACCCAUUCCCAGCAUUUGAAUAUGUGGUUGUAAAAGUGAUUUGUGCUCCUCCUAUUCACUUUUCUCUGAGUCCAGUGUAUACACAUGCUCACAUACAGAUGAUGUGUCCCUUGAUGCAACAAAACAGCCGAGUGAUACCAAUUUCCAGUUAUCAGAAUCAGUUAUUGCAGCUGAUGGCUUAUGAUCACCAAGAGCAAAAAUUUGACAAUUUUAGCUCCCUGAAUAUUCAGUGGCACUCAUCAAAUAACUCAUUGGCCAGUUUUAAUUUAGGAGAACCAAUGGAUCUGGUUCAGGAAGAAGAUGGAAUUGGUCAACGCAAACUGAAAGGUUUGUAUACAGUUCAUGUACAACACAUUCCAGGGACAGUGGUUAUCGGGGUGCGUGCUGAAGAAUACCAGGAAUCACACCUUAAAUCAGCUGAGGCCUCCUUGUUACACAGCACACUGGCACAUGUUACCACCAGUCUUGAACUUUUACUUGUGGAAGAUAUUCAAGUAAAUACACAUACUAUUUGUAUUUAUAACCAUCCUCUUGUGACGGCCACAUUCACCAUUAGUAAAGGCUCUGGGUACUUUUACAUCAACAGCAGUGUAUCCAACAUCGCAGGAACUGCAUUUCAGGACAAAAAAAGGACAGUAGUGGUAUUUCCUUUACAUUCAGGCACAGUAACAGUCAUGGUCUAUGACCUCUGUCUUGCAUUACCCGAGCCUGUUAAAGUUAAUGUACAUGUGUCUGAUAUUUUCCACGUGGAUGUGACAGUUGUUGACAAGGUAGAAAUUGGAAAAAACAUAAAAGCCUAUGUUAGGGUCCUGGAUUCAGCCAGAAAGCCCUUUAUGGUUCAAUAUUUAGCAUAUAUGAAUUUGGAACUGACAUCUUCAUCUCAUGUAGUGUCCAUUAAAGCUCUGUCACAGAAAGCUGAUAAUUACACUAUCGUGUUUGAUGUCCACGGCGAAGCCAUUGGCCAGACCAGCCUCACUGCUACAGCUACUGACAAGGAUGGUCACAUCAUUGAGUCAAGACCACGGUUAUUGGAGGUGUUUCCUCCAUUCCGCAUAGUACCAAGUAAAGUUACAUUGAUUAUUGGAGCAAUGAUGCAGAUUACUUCAGAAGGCGGCCCUCAGCCUCAGUCCAAUAUCAAGUUCUCUGUCACCAAUGCAAGCAUUGCAUCAGUAGAUGAGAAUGGAUUUGUGGAGGGGGUGUCCAUUGGGAACUGCACUGUUACUGGGGUUGUGCAAGAUGUCGAUGCAGAGUCUGGAUCAAUUUUCAUAGUAUCUGAGGGUACAGUGGAGAUUGAAGUAUUUCAGUUGAGUGCAAUCAGAAUUCAUGCACCUAUUACACGAAUUAAAUCUGGAACUCAGAUGCCAGUGUAUGUGUCAGGUGUCACAAGUUGCCAAUCCCCAUUUUCAUUUGGUAGUGCCAUACCAGGGUUAACGUUCCAUUGGACUGUUCUAAAAAAAGACUUUCUUAAUGUUACAAGCCGAUAUGAUGAGUUAUCUGUCAGUCUUCCUGCUCAGUACAACUUUGCCAUCAGUAUACACGCAAAAACGAAAGGAAAAACUGGACUCAGAGUUACAGUCCGAACAAAUCACCUUAAUCAUUUCUAUGGUUCAAUCUUGGAGCUAUCUGAUGAGAUCCAAAUCCAGGUGUUUGAAAGACUACAGCUGGUGCAACCAAGUGUUAUUGCUGAGCAAAUUUUAAUGUCUCCCAAUUCAGUAUUAAAGCUCCAAACUAACCGGGAUCAAACUGCAGCAGCUGUCACAUAUCGCAUCUUGAAUACAUCAAACAAAUCUUCAAUUGUUCAUGUGGAUGAUAAAGGUUUACUUACUUCAGGAUCACUCACUGGCAUUUCAACUGUGGAAAUAAAUUCCCAUGAAAUUUUUGGGAUCAACCAGACGUUUGUUAUAUCUGUUAAGGUAACUCCAGUGUCUUACGUUAGAAUUGUGAGCAGUCCCACAUUUCACACCAGUGAUAAUCGCCAACUGUCCAUGAUUCCGCUGGGAGUAACAUUAAAUUUUGCCUUACAGUUUCAUGACAGCACGGGUGAUAUUUUCCACUCACACAAUUCAAUUGUGAAGUUGGCAACAAACAGGGAUGAUUUAGUACAGGUUGAGAAAGGAGUAACCAAUAACACAUUUAUUGUGCAUACUGUUAAUGUUGGCCUUACUAUAUUCCAUGUCUGGGACAUAGAGAAUCCUGUUAUUUUGGAUUAUGUACCUUUCCCUGUGGAGCAAAGUAUAUUUCCUAGCAUGAAGGAAGCAACCGUUGCUGAUGUUAUUUGUUUUGUGUGCUCCAUAACUAAUCAUGAAGGUUUGGCUGGUACUUGGACUUCUUCUUCAAGUUCUUUGCUACAAAUUGAUGCCAAAACAGGUGUAGCUGUAGCUAAAGACGUGGGAUUUGUGACUGUCUAUUAUGAAGUGUCUGGAUUCCUGAGGACAUAUACAGAGUUCAUAAUAACUAAACCGCAAAAAAUGGAAACGGUAAAGACAAAUGGACAAAAAAUCAGUUUGCAAGCAGCAAGUUCUCUUAGAUUUGUGGUUCAUAUUGAUGAGAGAAGCAGCAAUCUGAAAGGUGAAUGUUCAGCUGUGCAGUUGGACGCUAUCUCUGAGAUCCAUCCAGAGGAAGUUAUCAUUUGCCAUCUGGAGUUUCAUGAUCAGAGGCUGGAAAUUUCACCCCUUGAAAUCUUCACUGCAAAGACUAUGUUUGAAGUAGAGUCAGGUCAUUACUCCUGUUCCAUAAUAACACAAAAGCUUUCAGAAAACCAGCUACAACCGCUCAGCAUAAGUGAUACUUCCCUCACUGUAACUGCUUCGCUAUAUGGAAUUCAAUUUUAUCUAGAACAUGUCAGUGCUACUGUGCCAAUCUACCCGGGAUUUUACACCAACCCAAAGGAAAUUAUUUUAAGCCACCAUCAUGCAACAAGUGAACUAAAGAUAUUUGGACCCUCUAAGAUGCUGAAACAUUUAGUGGUAGAAUCUGGAUCCCCUCUUGUUACAUUUGUUCACAAGGAAAUAAUUCAUGGAAAACCGACUUAUUUAAUCUAUAAAAUCGGUGUAAAAGAUACAAGGGUUCUGAGCCAAGGAUCUCUUUCUACUUUACUUACCAUAUCCAGCUCUCACUCUGACCAAGUCAUCACUGUUCCAGUAGUGCUGGUGUCAGUGGCUGAACCAAACACAGAGCCCUAUCCUGAAGAACAUAGCUUCUUCCAACAUUUCAUUAAUUCUUAUCAAGGAAUCUUCUUCAUGCUUUUUGCUGUAUUGGCCGGAGCUGCAAUUAUAAGAAUAGUUUUCUCACCCAAGGAGCACAUUAAUUACCAAGUUUUUAUCUCCAGUACACCUCAGUCCCCUGCUGGCAGUUUUUCUUCCUCCUCUCCAAUUCGUUAUUCAGAUAGUGGAAAUUCCCCAGCAAGAUUAUUAUGGAGCCCAGAUUAUGCCUCCAACUAAAUAUUCAAAACUUACCUAUUUUGUUUGUUUGUUUGUUUUAUUUCUUCCCAUUUGUGCCAUUUUAAAAAUUUGUGUUAGUGGUUCUUUAUGCAGUGUAAUUGGAUAUUGUGAUAGUUUGCCUUUUAUUUUGAACAUCCUUGAUGUGCUUAUUGUAUUGCUUUAAAGGCCAUUCCCAUCAGUCGUUUGGCUGAUGGCAUUUUAUUUUGAAUGUUGUAAGUUACUUUUUCAAUUACGUAGGUAUCAUUACAUACAUUCCAUUGUACUGUUUAGUAUGAUUAUUUCACUUGUUUUGAUAAAUACUAUUAAAAAUUCACACAGUAUUUUCUAC